CGGCCUCCUGUGAUCGAGGGUAUUGCCCUGCUAUCUUCUGUUUCGCCAACCGGAUUUGUAGGAUGAUAGGUUAACCGACAUGAAAUCAUUAGGUAUAAAUUCUGCGAGAGCGACGAGUCGUUUGAGAUAUCAUACGAUGAAAUGAAGCAAGGAACUCUCCACCUGCCUGAGCUGCUGGGGGAAGAGGCAUCCCUGCUGAACACAUUUCACAAUGAAUGCCACUCCGCAGCGCAUACGCUUUUGUCAUGUCUUGCAGACAUGCUUACCCUUCCCCUGGAGGACUACCAUCAGGACGGGGAGCCGAGUGAGACUGGAUUCAAACUCGUCGCGGAGCCAUCACUAGAAAGGGCCAGUGAGGUGCAAGAAAACAAACACACCGAUAGUGGCACCUUGACGAUUCUGUUCUAUGACAAAUGGGGCCUACAGAUCUGUCUCCCCACGCCUGAGAACGAAUGGGUGUUUAUCCCGCCUCCCCAACCUGGCUGCGCUUUGGUGCACGGGGGCAACUCGCUGCAGCGCCUAUCGAACUAUCAACUGCAGUCUCCGUUGCAUCGUGUUACUCAGCCUCAGGAUGGAGCGGCGGAGAGGUAUUUUCUCUCAUACUUUUUGCGACCAGCAAAGACAGUAGCGCGCCAUGGCGUCGGGGAUUUGCCUGAUUAGAUUAUGUAG